AUGUGGGGUUCGCUACGGCUCCUACUGAAGCUAAAUCUCAAAGGAAAGCUUCAUGUGCCUCAAAGCAAAUCCAUUCAGCCGAAGGGACCGGCACGUACGAGAUUCGCUCCUUCACCGACUGGAUACCUUCACUUGGGAUCGUUGAGAACGGCUCUAUACAACUACUUGUUAGCCAAAAGCACUGGCGGCCAGUUCCUUCUUCGUUUGGAGGAUACAGAUCAAAAGCGACUUGUGCCAGAUGCAGAGGCGAAUAUUCAUGAGUCUUUGAAUUGGACAGGUUUGAGACCUGACGAAAGUCCAGAAGUUGGGGGACCCUACGGACCAUACAAACAAUCAGAGAGAAAGUCAAUCUACAAAGAGUAUGCCGAUCGACUUAUAAAGGCUGGCUACGCUUACAAAUGUUUUUGUUCCAAAGACCGUCUUUUGCAUUUGAGAGAAACUGCCAUGGCAUUGAAGCCACCUACGACUGUCACCUAUGAUAGAAAGUGCCUUCAUGCUCCCGAAAGAGAAGAGGAGUUUACAGUCAGGUUCAAAUCGCCGGAACGGUAUGAAGCUUUCACGGAUCUUCUUCACGGAAAGCUUGAUCUCCAGCCGCUGGUGAAUCCGACAGAUAGAAGAUUUGACGAUUUCGUGAUUCUCAAGCUGGACGGGCUUCCCACGUAUCACUUUGCUAACGUUGUUGAUGACCACUUGAUGAAGAUAACCCACGUUAUCCGUGGCGAGGAGUGGUUGGCGGCGACACCAAAGCACAUCGCUAUGUACAGAGCAUUCGGAUGGGAACCUCCCCAGUUCAUUCAUAUACCAUUGCUUACCUCGUUGACAGACAAGAAACUUUCCAAAAGACAAGGGGAUAAUGGGGUUUUGAGUAUGAAAGACGAGGGUAUUCUUCCCGAAGCACUCACAAAUUUUGCUGCAUUAUUUGGCUGGUCUCCACCAAGACCAGAGAAAGGUAAGCCAACCAGUGAGGUGAUGUCGCUAGAGGACCUCGUGAGCAAGUUUCUGUUGGACCAUCUUACGAAAGGAAAUGCAAAGGUGAAUGACAACAAGCUUCACUUCUUCAAUAAGAGUCACCUUUUGUCAAGAAUUAGUGAUCCUUCGACUCUCGAGAAAUUGGUUGACGAAACAUUUCCUAGCUUCGAGAAAGCUACCAAUGGAGAGUUCUCAAAAGAAUUCUGGAGCCGUUUGAUUCAAGAUGUGGGGCCCAAUGUCAGCUCCAUUCAGGAAUUACAAAACGUUCACACCUACUUUUACAAAGAAGUUGAUUUAGUCAAGUCCAAGAUGCCGUGCGAGAAGAAAAAGUGUCUCUCCCAUCUUCAAACAAUCAAGCGUGUUCAAACCCCGGGAAACCCUUUUCCUGUUGACGAUAUUCUCAAGACUCAUCCAGAGUUGAAAAAGAAAGAUUUGUUCCAAGCUGCUCGUUUUGCAUUGGCAGGAGGCGUUUCAGGAAUCACAAUCCCCACACUCAUUAACAUACUUGGCUACGAGAGAUACAUGGAGCGUCUAGAUAAUGCCAUCGUAUUCCUCGAGGCCGAAACACUGUAA